AUGGUCGUGUUCUCGAUUGAACAGGUCCUCAUGCUGCUGUUGCUGCUGGCUGCCCUCCUGCUUGCUACGACCACUUCUUCUACUUCGCAUAUAAAAAUAGAGAGAGAACGAAAGUAUGCAGAACGUGCAGAUGGUUAUGAGGCAGUUUACAAACGAGAGGUCUUAGAAGAAAUUUAUCUUAAAGGUGGUUUCGAGCAAGUUCUCUUUGCACCACCAAUUACAUUGGCUAUCAUUCAUACACCAUUUUGCGUACGAUUGCUCUUGAAUUCGAAGUCGACAACUGCAGCAGAGGAGCAGGCAUUCUUAACCAUUACACCAUCUAGCGCUUGA